CCUUGCUGGAAGUGCAUCACGCCUCCUCCUGCAUCAUUGGCAAGUGCAGCUGAGGCGGAGAUUCUGCACAGUACAUAAGGUAAAACUUUGCGGGGGUUAGACGCUUCCUGAAUUUAGGAAUCUCUUCUAAAUAAAGUUUUUAGGAGUCACAGGAAAGGAACAGCCUUGUUUUCUCUUACACUUUUGUGGAGCGUCAGCAUCAUCUAUACUGCCCUUAUCGGACUGCGUAAAUUCAGACGGGUGUCCAUUCCCUAAGUAGCGCGGAGCGAUGUCUCCAGCCGAGAAGAACAAGACCACCGUCCGCCUGGUGUUCUUCGGCGCGGCGGGGGUGGGCAAGACCGCCUUGAUCCGGAGGUUUCUGCAGGACAAUUUCGAGCCCAAGCACAAGCGCACUGUGGAGGAGCUGCACAGCAUUGAGCACGACCUGGACGGGACCAAGAUGCGCAUCGAGAUCAUGGACACCAGCGGUAGUUACUCCUUCCCGGCGAUGAGGCAGCUCUGCAUCCGCCAGAGCGAUGCUUUCGCCCUGGUCUACUCUAUCAACGACCCCGAGUCCUUCGAGGAGGUGCACAGGCUGCGGGAGGAGAUCCUGGAGCUGAAGGGGAGCAAGCUCGCGCCCAUUACCGUGGUUGGUAACAAAGCCGACCUGGGAAACCAGCGCCGGGUUCCCGCGAAGGAGAGCAUGACCAUCGUAGAGCUGGACUGGAGCGCCAGCUUCGUGGAGGCGUCCGCCAAGAGCGGCUUGAACGUCGCGGGAGUUUUCGAGGAGCUGUUGAGGCAGGUGAACUUCCCUAGCAGCCUGAGCGCGGCGCUGCGAGGGCGCAGGGGUACUGUGCCCAAGGACGGCGUUCUGGUGCGCAAAAAGCCGCUCAUAAAGAAGGCGGACAGCUGCACCGUCUCCUAGCCGAGAACUGCAGCUCUGCCUCGCAAGGUGUCCGGUUGAAAUCAUGACUGGAGCACGACGUGAAUACAGGGAGAAACGGCGUGGAAGGUGCCCAGCCUGCUUCAUCUUAGCUCCGACUUUUUUCCAAAAGGCGCAUGGAAUAGAUUGGGCGCUGCACCAACUCAGCACAGAGCUAACUCUAAUGUAAAUAUGAAGUGCUUGUUAAUAUAUCGAUUGUACAGUUUUUAACCAUGUUGAGUUUUGCCGAGGCUGUGAGGAGUAAUUAAAAUGAACUUAUUUAGGUGCGUGAUAAAUUGAAACUUCGGAGUUAAAUUGCUCAGAUAACUGCAUAUGUUAAAUGUGGUUGAUAUGCAUCUUGGAAUUUACAGCCGCACGGUUUAAUAGCAUCAGCGUUUACUUUCAAAUUAUCAUGCAAGUAAUACGAUCAGGCCAUGCAUAAGAUUGCCUUUGGUAAGAAGAGAGUUCAGUUCAAUGUAACGUAUUUUUAUACAGCGGCUCGCAUAACAACGUCGCCCCAAGGUGCUUUACAUGAGUGUGUUGUGUUACAUUAUACAGCAGUGGUGGGCAAUCUUAUCUGCAAAGGCCCAGUGUGUAUACCGGUUUUCGCUGUAACUCCCUAAUUAUAUAAAUUAGACUAAUUUGAGGACUUAUUGGCUGAAGAGUCCUCACACAUGGGUUUGAACAGCUGACCUAAAGGGUAUCCCAAAAACGUAUACGCACACACUGGCCCUUUGCUUAUGAUUGCCCACCCCUGCAUUACGUCAUUAAGACCGUACAAUACAAUAACAGGGAAAAGGAAAACAAACAUAUAGUUCAUCUUAGCAUUUCAGUAGUUGUUAGUUGCAAAGUUGUCUUGAAAUCGGUUUGUUUAGUCGCUCCCAAUUGACUGCACGUUGCACGGCCUGAGCAUCGAUGCAUGUCGCCAGACCUGGGAGCUAUUCCGCCCUCUAGUGGUUUUCAUGGUUUGUUACAGUCGAAAAUGCCUGGAACUGAACAAAGCUGGUGAUGGAAUAUCAGCUAAUUGUUCUCUUACAUUUAAUAUAAUAUCGAGACAGGUGGGGGUAGGUUUCUCCUGGUUCAGGAGCCAGAAUCCAAUCUGAUGUAUUUUUGCAAUUAAUUUACACUCGUUUUUGUCUUUUUUUGUCUUUAAUCAUAUUCACUGUAUACUUAUAUAUUUUAAUAGUGUAAGUAUUUUGCAUUCAUGAACAGUCUUCUAACAACUGUGAUGUUAAACAUAUGUCUUUCAGUGCAGUACAGACAGCAGCCUGCCAGGGGGGUGUAAAACAUUUAGUCUAAAAUCUAAUUGCCUGCUACUGAAACCUUACACUUGACUGAGAAUAAUGCUGCUUUUUUUAUCAACACACUG